UCAUAACAUUUGUUUUGCGUUUUGGGGGUUAAAAAUGUUUAGUUAUGGUUAAUUCCAAUUAAAGGAUGCAUAUCGUUACGUUAACGUGUAAAUUGUUAUUGUAGAUUUUAUUCUAAGUGUCUGUUUUAUAUUAGCAGAUUAAAAUGUCGGCUGACGGCGAUUCAAAGGAAAAAUUACGAGUUCAUGUUCUCGAACUUCUGUCGCGAAUCUUAGCGCCUGAUUAUGACGUCAGAAACGCUGCGGAAAAACAAAUUAAAAGUUUGGAAGCAAUUGACGAGUACGGUGUCCUACUCGCUGAAUUGACGGUUAAUUCUCAAAAUGAUUUAGCCAUACGUCAAUUGUCAUCGUUGAUAUUAAAGCAAUAUGUUGAAGUGCAUUGGAUUAAAAUAGCUGACAAGUUUCAGCCACCUGAGACUUCGCCUACGUCCAAGUCUUUGAUAAAAGAGAUUUUACCCCAUGGCUUGGGCGAUGGCAACAGCAAAAUACGGUCAAGUGUUGCAUAUGCAAUAUCAGCCAUAGCGCAUUGGGACUGGCCCGAUGAAUGGCCUCAGUUGUUUCCACAACUCAUACAAACUAUCACAAGUGGCCAGCCCGACCUGGUGCAUGGGGCUAUGAGGGUUUUAACUGAAUUCUGCCGAGAAUUGACAGACACUCAAAUCCCCCAUAUAGCACCUGUUAUAUUACCUGAGCUGUUAAAGAUAUUUCUACAGCAGGAUCAGUUCAGUAUUCGUACACGGUCCAGGGCUGUUGAAAUAUUCAACACUUGUAUUUGCCUUAUACACUCAACUGGGGAUAAUGAGACAGUUGGCCAUUUACUGCCUUCUGCUUUUAUAUCAGAGCUUACCCAAGCCCUUACUAGAUCUUUACAAGUCGCAAAUGGCCCUGCUUCAGAUUUUGGUCUCAAAAAAGACGUUUUAAAAACGUUAAUAAAUCUUGUUCCAAACGUCCCAAAGCAAAUGGGUGAAACUGUUCCGCUCGUGCUCACCACCGUGUGGCAGGAAUUGAUCCAUGGCGCUGAAUAUUACGUGAGAAAGGAGGUUAAUUGCUCCGAGGAUGAUUUAGAAACAGCGACAGAUUCUGACGGUGAAGUCCUGAGUUUUGGAAGUUUGGUUUACUCAAUGUUUGACUUCAUUGAGAGUUUGUUGGAUUCACAUAAGUUUCGAAAGGUCGUGAAAAAGUCACUUGAGGAGCUGAUUUAUUACCUCAUCAUGUAUAUGCAGGUGACUGAAGAACAAACGCAAAUCUGGAUGCAGAAUCCGGAUCAGUUUGUAGAAGACGAGGAGGAAGAGACUUUUUCUUUUAGUGUCCGGAUCUCGGCUCAAGAUUUGUUCCUCGCUUGUUGUAGGGACUUUAAAAAAGAGAGUUCGUUAGCCCUUGUUUCCGCGAUUCAACGACAUUUAAAUGAAUCUCAAACCAAGCAGAGAAACGGGGACGAAAACUGGUGGAAAAUAAAUGAAGCGUGUUAUCUUGCUCUUGGUUCUGUGCAAAGGUUGGUACUGGAAGCUAUGGAGAAGUCGCUCGUUCAGUUUGAUUUAAAUUCAUUCCUCAGCCAUGUUGUGUUUAACAACUUGACAUCUGCUGAUCUAUUAGCAGGCAGGGCAUUAUGGCUUGCAAGCAGGUUCUCUAAGAUAAUGCCACACGAAACCAUGAAACAAUUUCUAGAAGCCACAGUGCAUGGUUUGGAUGAAACGCAUUCACCUCUUAUUCGAAUAUCAGCAGUCCGUGCUGUAUUCGCUUACUGUGAGAAUCUAUCAAACACAGAUUUGGUUCAACUACUCACUCCAUAUUUAUCUCCUCUAUUGAGUGGCCUUCUUAGCAUAGUUACUCAAGCUUCAGUGGAAGUAUUAGCGCUUGUGCUUGAAACAAUUCGAGUCGUCUUAUCUCUCAACACAGAAAUCACGACCCAGUAUCAAGACAGGAUAAUUCCCCUCGCUAUAGCUGUAUUUUUAAAAUACAGUAACGAUCCUUUAGUUUCCUCCCUUGCUUCAGAUCUGUUAACAGAGCUUGCAUCGCAUGGAACUUGCAACAAACAACUGCAGGAAAAACUUCUUCCCACCAUUAUAAGUAUAUUUAAUGCUCCAGUUGGUAAAGUUACUCCAGCUCUGGUGUCAACUGCCAUGGACAUACUUGCUAAUGUAAUCAGAAAGAUGAAGCCGCCGUUAGAAGACCUGUUUGUGCAUUCAGCUUUUCCCGCUAUGGUUAAAUGUGCAGUUAAUUCCGAUGAUAACGCAAUUUUACAAAACGCUGGCGAAUGUACGCGAGCUCUUAUAUCUGUUUCUAUGGAUCAAUUGUUUGUAUGGUCUGAUUGUGAUGGAAACAGUGGCGCUUAUUACAUCAUACAACUCAUCUCCUUGUUGUUAAGUCCGAAGUUAACUGAGCACAGCGCAACUUUCGCUGGCAGGUUGGUCUCCAUGUUUCUCUGCAAAGCUGGAGACCGUUUGUCAACUGAAAAUGUUGAAGCAAUUCUUCGUUCAGUUCUUUGUAAACUACAGCAGUCUGCCACUCUCACAGUUGCUCAGUCUCUCAUAUUGAUCUUUGCUCAUUUAAUCAACUUAAAAAUUGAAUCUGUCGUCACUUUUCUGUCCUCUCUCCCUACUGCCUCCGGUGACACAGCGUUGCAUUACGUGAUGACUGAAUGGUGUGAGAAACAAAGUAUGUUUUAUGGAAGUUACGACAGAAAAAUGAGCAUCGUAGCGUUAUCAAAAUUGCUCGAAUACGGGAUUUCGUCGAACGACUCCCGUCUUAUGAACAUCAACGUGAAAGGCGACCGAAUUUUCUCGGAAGGAAUUCGCACUCGGUCCAAAACAGCAAAAGAGCCAGAGCGAUGGACCGUAACGCCUCUGCUCGUUAAAAUUUAUAAACUUCUUCUUAACGAACUGCAAAGCCAGUUGGAUUCUGAUGGGAAAGAGAAAGAUUUCUUCGAAUGGGAAGAUGAGAGUGAUGAUGAUGCAAGCGGGGACGAAGAAGUUGACGGAAGACAAACUUUAUCUGAUCUUCUUAACGAGAACUCUGUCUUCGGAGUGGAGAGCGAGGAAGAUUUUGACGAUGAUGAUGAAGAUGUGGCGAAUGAUCCUGUCAAUCAAAUCAACCUCAAAGAUUUUAUUUCAAACAUCGUUCGUCAGUUUGCUGCGAGCGAAACUCAUAACCAACAUUUUGUUUCACAUUUAAAUGAAGAGGAAAAAAUGACUUUGCAAAGGAUUUCAACUUAAGAUACAAACAAUUUUAAAAAAUUGGUAGGCUUACAAAAUAUGAAUUAUAAAAAAUUAAAAAUAAUACUUAAAACAUGUUUAAUUUAAAUAGAAAUGUUUUUUUUUAUAUUGGCAAAAUAUUUUACAACCCAGUGAUUAUAGCAAUUAUUAAAUCAACUUUAAUUUAAAUAGAACCCGUUUUUUGUUGUGUUUUUUUAAGAAAGCUGCAAUAAGAGUAAUGCUUACAUUUGUUUAUUUAAAACAAGUUUAUAUUUUAUUGGAAACAUAAUCAUUUUACAAUUUUGAAAUUCAAAUGCUGUUCAGUUGUUAAAAGUAAUUUACAUUGUUUAAAAAAAUAGAUGAUUUCGUAUUGAGCAGGUGAAAGUAUUUUAAUUUAUUUUGCUUUUGAAUGAUGAAACGAUAUAACGCGAUGUAGUUGUAUUUGCAAUUGCAUGAAGUGCUUGUUAAAAUGCUUUUAGAUUCAUUUCUACCACCAACCUAAUGUAACUACUUAACUGCAUAACAUUUAGAUUUAGUAACUGCAGCAACCAAGGGACUUAGAACAAAACAAACUUAUUUGCCCAAAACUGUUCCAUCUGUUCACAAUUUAUGUUUUAAUAACCAAUUUGACCUUGAUAUUUGAAUUUCUAUUAUUUUGCCAAAUUUUUAAAACUAAUGCACGUAUAAAAAGGUUUACUGGUUCGGUAAAACCCCAAGUUCAUGUCCUUGAUUUUAACUUUCAUUUUGUUUUGUUUCCCAACAGA